UUUAAUUCAGGCUUUCUUGAUAAAAUCGCAUUAUUGAUUUUAAUAUGUUAGGUUAAUCGUACUAACGAAAGUGUUCAAAGAUAUAGUGAAUUGGCAAACACAUAUAAUACAUGUUCUAGCAUAAUGACCUUUCACAAUGAAGAAGAUUUUGUUUCAUUCAAUUAAUAUUCUACAUAAAAUAAGUUGGAUUGCAAUCGCUUGGUAAUGGAGCGAAAAAGUUACCGCCCCAGAAGAGUCGUUGGUUUUCCUCUUACAAAUAAUUAUUUGUCAGAAGAGCUAAAAAUAACAGCACCGAUUAUACAAAAUUUUGCCUUCUUAUUCUCCUCAUCCAAUUUGAGAAAUUUUUCAACUGAGAAAGUUCUCAAAGGUAAACUCAUAGAAAGUAAAACAACCUGACCGCUUUUCACCAGACGAUUCAGAAAAUGAUUCGAUUUCCGUUUGCACGAUGUCCCGUUAUAAGGCCAAGAUUUUUUCCACUAAGUUUCCACUCUGGCUUCCAGAAUCCAUCGUCGCUUGCAAGGAUGGCUUCUUCGUUGGCAACGAAAACAGCAGAACCUAUCGGGUCUCAGGACGGUGCUUCCAAAAAAGGGCCAACCGCUAUUGUCAUGCUAAAUAUGGGUGGACCAUCGAAUUUAGAUGAGGUUGGACCUUUCUUGCAAAGACUCUUUGCUGAUGGUGAUAUUAUUCCACUAGGCUACUUUCAAAACUCACUUGGAAAAUUCAUUGCUAAGAGAAGGACUCCCGCUGUUCGAGAGCAUUACAAAGAAAUUGGAGGUGGAAGUCCAAUCCUGCAUUGGACUGAAUAUCAAGGAAAAGAAAUUUGUAAAAUCCUAGAUGAAACCUCUCCUCAAUCGGCUCCUCAUGUUCCAUUCGUGGCUUUUCGUUAUGCCCCUCCUUUGACAGAAGAAAUGCUAAAAGAACUGAAAGAGUCCAAAAUCAAGCGUGCGGUUGCCUUUAGUCAGUAUCCUCAAUGGUCUUGUUCGACGAGUGGUGCUUCUCUGAAUGAACUUCGAAAACAGCUUCUUGAAAUGAAUAUGGAACAAGAUGUUGAGUGGUCUGUUUUGGAUCGUUGGUCCUUACAGGAAGGUUUAUUAGACGCUUUUGCGGAGAAUAUUCAAAAAACUUUAGAGACCUAUCCUAAGGAAGAACGGGAUAACGCUGUCAUUAUAUUCAGCGCUCAUUCAUUACCCAUGUCUCAAGUCUCUAAAGGAGAUCCAUACGUGAAUGAGAUCGCCGCUACUACUUACGGCGUGAUGCAAAAACUAGGAUUCAAGAACAGAUUUAUAAACUCCUGGCAGUCCAAAGUUGGUCCUAUUCCUUGGAUGUCUCCUUCCACGGAAGACGUGAUUCAACAACUUGGAAAACAAGGCCACAAGAACAUGAUUUUAGUUCCUGUCGCAUUUACCUCAGACCAUAUUGAAACCCUAAAGGAACUCGAAGAUUACAUUGAGGAUGCCAAGAGCAAAGGCAUCAUGGGAGUUAAGCGCGCACCCAGUAUUAACGAUAAUCCCAUCGCUAUUAGAGGAAUGGCCGAUUUAGUGAAGCUUCAUUUAGAAACGAACACCGCUCAUUCCCGUCAAUUUACCCAGAGAUGUCCUGGUUGCACGAAUGAGUCUUGCCAAAAGAGAAUUGAAUUCUUCCAGAGGUUUUAAAGCUUUUUUUAAUCUUUCCCUUGACUAAUUUUUGGUUUAUUAUUUAUUUUUUAUGUAGUGUUUUCCUCUGCUGUGGAUCUUUUUUAAACCUUUUUACUAGACUAUGGCCUUCGUUUUAGUUUCCCUUUAAUUGAAGCUUUCUUAUUCAUGCUAGAAAUAGUAUUUACCAUGGUACAUUAAGUCUGCUGGUUGCUACUCAUUACUUACAGGAUAGUAGAUGCCUUUUGUGAUUCUUUAUGUUUUUACCUCUCACUUCAGGCGACUUACGAUCGACAAAGAAGAACAGAAACGAAAAGUUUGAAGAAUACUAGAACCAAAUAAACAUAUAGAACGACUUCAUUGCAAUUCUUCUUCCCAUUUGUGUAGCCAAAUAUCGUUGAUCAUCUCUGAAAGAAAAAACAUGGUUUCUACGCACUUUAAGCUUACAUUACGCG